AUGAGUUUUAGUAUCACCAAAGAAGAGGCUGACAAUGCUGCGUCUAACAGUCCGGAUAUCGAGCUAAGAGAACAGGACCGUUGGCUCCCCAUAGCCAACGUGGCCAGGCUCAUGAAGUACACGUUACCAGCCACAGCGAAAGUCAGCAAGGACGCCAAAGAAUGCAUGCAAGAGUGUGUUUCAGAAUUUAUUUCAUUUAUAACAAGUGAGGCCAGCGACAAGUGUCUCAGGGACAAGAGGAAAACGAUCAACGGCGAAGAUAUACUAUACUCAAUGCAUGAUCUAGGAUUUGAAAACUAUGCUGAGGUGCUCAAAAUUUAUUUGGCCAAGUAUCGAGAGCAGCAGGCGCUAAAACAAGAGCGUGGAGAAACCAAGGUUUCUAAAAAACUGGCGAAGAAAAGGGAAGCUCUGCUACAAGAAGAAGUCAACGUCAAGGCCGAAGAUACGCCGACUCACAACGAGUUUGCGGACCACAACGGUCCCAAUUCCCACGAGGCUGACGGCCAAAAUGUUGAUCAGACAGUUCACGAGCAGCACCAAAACCAUAUAUCCUCGCUAGGGUAUGAAGGUCAAGAGAAACACGGACAUUCCCCAGAUUAUUUCCAACAAUACAAUGCUGAAGAAAAUGGAUCCCAUAACGGGCCAGAUCACAACGACAUGAACUUGAAGGAUGAUCUCAAUGUCGAGGUGAAUCUAGAUCAGGAUCACAAUAUAGAUGAGGACCAUAACAUAGCUCUUGAGGAUGAAAGAUAUAGUGGCUUCAUCAAUGGUCAAGAAGAAGGCGACUUGCCCAACUCGAACAGAGAGCACUCAAAAUCACACAGCCAAUCUGACAAUGGGAAUGUCGAUGAUUUGAGUAAGUUGGCUGCACAUGAAGAUUUGGACCUUUCAAUGGCUGACCGUGAUUACUAUUAA